AUAAACGUCGUGUUAACGGCGCGAGCUAACAGAAACUUUUACCUACAAAUCAAAUGUAGUUAGUGUUUUACGUUUUUAUCUGCAGCAGUUUUACUCUAAACUUUAACCACGACUAUCGUCACACAAAGGAAACAAUAUACUAAUAAGGGCCGACAAUGUCUCUUCCUAAGCGGGAGGUGGAGGAGCUGAGGCCGUGGGUAGAGCGCACCGUGAAGAAGGUUUUGGGAUUUUCGGAGCCGACUGUGGUCACUGCGGCUCUGCACUGUGUGGGGAAGGGACUCGAUAAAAGGAAGACCACAGACCAGUUGCGUCCUUUUCUUGAAGACUCUGCUGGAGGCUUUGUCGAUCGGCUGUUUGAAGCUGUGGAGGAGAGCCGUACUUCCCGUGGUAGUAAAGGUGGAUCAGAAAAGAGCAGAAAGAGGGAAAUAAAGGAUGUCUUUGGGGAUGAGUCUGAAAUGGGGGCGGUGAGAGACAGUUCAGACAAAGGCGAUGGAACGGCUGUGAAGCGUAAAAGAGUUCCACGUUUUGAAGAAGUUGAGGAGCCAGAAGUUAUGGCUGCACCAGCCACUGAGAGCCCUGGCAUGCUCACCAAAAUGCAGAUCAAACAAAUGAUGGAGGCAGCCACCAAACAGAUUGAAGAACGCAAGAAACAACUCACCUUUUCAUCACCUGCUGCAUCACGCCUGUCUUCAUCUGAUUCAAUGUCCCGUCUUGGUGCUGGAGCUGCAUCCAUUGGUGCGUCCCAGGCGGCUAGUUUUAUGAAUGAUGCAAUUGAAAAAGCUCGCAAAGCUGCAGAACUGAAAGCUCGCAUCCAGUCUCAACUGUCAUCCAAACCUGGGAUACUUGGGGGUUUGUCAGCCCCAACACCGAACAACAAUAUGGUGGCACUAAUGAACCUUCAAGCAAUGGGAAUAGCACCACCCAAAGUUGAGAUUAAAGAGAUGAACAAGCCCUCACCUCUGAUUCUGGAUGAUAAGGGACGAACUGUGGAUGCCACUGGGAAGGAAAUUGAACUCACACAUCGUAUGCCCACGCUAAAGGCCAACAUCCGUGCUGUAAAGAGGGAGCAAUUCCGACAGCAGCUGAAGGAGAAACCUGGAGAGGAAUUGGAGUCUACCUUUUUCGACAAUCGCGUGAACUUGGCCCCAGCUCAGCGCAUUCGCAAGGGCUUCAAAUUUCAUGAGCAGGGCCGUUUUGAGAAGAUUGCGCAAAGAAUAAGAACAAAGGCCCAGUUGGAGAAAUUGCAGAACGAAAUUGCACAGGCAGCAAGAAAGACUGGAAUCCAAGCCUCCACAAAGUUGGCUCUUAUCGCUCCUAAAAAAGAGCUUGGUGAAGGAGAGGUCCCACAUAUUGAGUGGUGGGACUCGUACAUUUUGCCCACAAAUAAAGAAUACGCUUCAGAGACAAAAUUUGAAGAAUUGGAGCUUUUCGGUGUGACAAACCUCGUAGAGCACCCAGCCCAAAUGAAGCCACCUGGCAAGUUUGACAUGGAUAAAGCGGUAACUCUGGGUGUGUAUUUGACAAAGAAAGAACAGAAAAAACUCAGAAGACAAACUCGCAGAGAAGGUCAAAAAGAGUUACAAGAAAAAGUGCGUCUCGGGCUGAUGCCUCCACCAGAACCCAAAGUUCGUAUUUCUAACCUGAUGAGAGUACUUGGAACGGAGGCAGUCCAGGACCCCACGAAAGUUGAAGCACACGUCCGAGCACAGAUGGCAAAAAGACAAAAGGCUCACGAAGAAGCCAAUGCAGCUCGUAAAUUAACAGCAGAACAAAGAAAAGAGAAAAAAGUGAAGAAGUUGAAAGAAGACCUCACUGAUGGUGUUCAUAUUUCAGUUUACAGAAUCCGCAACUUGCAAAAUCCUGCCAAGAAGUUUAAAGUUGAGGCAAAUGCCAACCAGCUGUACCUGACGGGCACUGUUGUUAUGCAUAAAGAUAGUAACAUUGUGGUGGUUGAAGGAGGCCCUAAAUCACAGAAGAAAUUCAAAAGGCUGAUGAUGCACAGAAUCAAAUGGGAAGAGCCCAGCAGUAAAAGAGAUGACCGUGAUGAUGAUGAUACAAAGAGGAACAACAAGUGCUGGCUGAUUUGGGAGGGCACUGCCAAAGAGCGUAGUUUUGGGGAAAUCAAAUUUAAACAGUGUCCAACUGAAAGUAUGGCUAGAGAACACUUCAAGAAGCACCGCACUGAACACUACUGGGACCUGGCUCUGAGUCACAGCGUGUUGGACGGCACCGAUGACUGACUUUAAACUAAAGAUAUUUUUUAUAAAACAUCAUUCUUGUUUUCCUCUGCUGGUGUCCUCCUGGACUGAAGAGCUUAUCAAGAAGCCAACUUGUGCUUUAAAGUCUACGAUGAUAAUAAUAUUAAUGACAUUAUUUUUCACUGUAUUUUGAUGGAAUGGACUAUGAAACACUGCACAUCAUUGUUUGAUAACAUGAUGAAAAGUUAUCAGGCACAUGCUCCGUGAAUAAAUGCAGUGUAAUAGAGUAAUGUAUUCAGUGUUAAAACACAGUUUUGAGUGAGGAUGUGAUGAUAAACUAUAGGUUACAAAGAACAGAAUAGGAAAAAAAAGUUAACUACAGUUUCUUUGAGAAAUGUUAAACACAAAACAAAUGACUGGUUUAGGUUUUCCUGAGCAACGUAUCAAGCUUUCUUUUUGGAAAGGCAACAAGAAUAACUUGCAAUUUCCUUUUGAUGUAAUCUUGCACCCAGUCCAAUAAAAGCCUACAUUUACCUC